CAGUACGGGCAAGACGUGCGCGAAAAGGAAAUUGUAUCCGCAAUAAAAUGCGAAUAUUUUAAAACAAUAUUAAUAAUAGCAUAGCUUUUAAUCAUGUCGAAUUAAAAUGAGCGUUUCCAGCUUAUAAAGUGCAAAUUUAGGAACAAAAAACUGGACUGUUCAGUGUCAAAAGAUUUAUUAAAAUGGAUGAAGCAUUCGCUCACCUUGAAGGUACGGAGACCAGGCAUAGCAAGAAGGAACUUCUGCCUCCUGACGGUGGCUGGGGCUAUCUCGUUUGUAUCGGCGUAGGGUUCACGUUUAUGCUGGGAUUUGGUUCAUCAAAUGCUUUCGGCAUUUUGUUCAACGAUUUCUUUAUCGAACAAGACGGUGCUAGCGGCCUGCCUUUGGUUAUAGGAGUUUACAAUGGAGCUUUGUCUAUAUCGGGUUUCCUGAGUGGCAUUGCAUUAAAAAGAUAUUCCUUUCGGCAAGUUGGUCUACUCGGAGCUGGAUUGUUCAUAUUGGGCGAUGUUCUUACCAUAUUUGUUACCAGAACUUAUCAAUUGGUCUUCGCUUUUGGCGUAAUCAGAGGGGCAGGUUUUGGUGUGAUGAUUCCAGUAAGUUUCACAGCAUUCAACUGUUAUUUCACCAAAAAGCGGACAGCAAUGAUGAGCGCAAAUCAAACAAUGAGCAGUCUCGCUUCCAUCACAUUUCCAAUUCUAGUCACGUUUCUUCUCGAUGAGUACGGGUUCAGGUGGAGCCUCGCUCUGAUCAUGGCUGUUGAUCUUCAUUUGUUAUUUGCUAUGUUAGUCAUGCAUCCAGUUGAAUGGCACAUGAUUAAAGCUGUCGAUAGCCAAAAACCAGACCCAUUAAAUUGUGAUGUCCUCGAUAGUAAAUCUGUUAAAGUAGAAAGCUAUGAUGAAACAACCGUCAAAAUGUUGCCAGGUGAUGAGGGUGUGGUUGAAAUUAAAGCAACGACGCCGACAAGACAUGAAUCCAUUCAAAAAAGUAUCAUAAAAAUUGUUUACGAUAACGUGGAAUUAGAUUUACUAAGAGACCCGAGGUUUGUGAGUACGCUCGUUGGUUUGGGAUUUGCUUUCGUUUCUGACGUGACAUAUCUAGCAAUGGAGCCUAUGCUGUUAUUUUCCUAUGGAUAUACAAAGAUGCAAGUUGCUACGUGUGUUAUGGUGGGAGCGAUAGCCGAUCUUAUAGCACGGUUUUCAUUGGCAAUAUUUACUUACUUCUACACUGUCGAUAGUCGGAAAAUUUUCUUCUGUGGGACAUGCCUUACAAUAUUCUUACGAAUAGCGUUGGUGUGUUCAAGUGAGAUAUGGUACGUGUUCACCAUAACUGUGAUAUCGGGGCUCAUCAGGUGCUCGGUACAAGUGCUGUUCCCACUGGUGCUGGUGACCGCAGCCCCGGAUAGGUUCCCCGCCGCGUUGGCACUACAUAUCAUAUUCUCUGGUUUCCUCAUGCUUAUUGCGGAUCCAUUAAUUGGUCUAAUCUUCGAAGCUACCGGCACCUACCUCUAUUGUUUCUUGGCUAUGAGUGUAUGCUGUUUAAUCUGUGUAGUGCUAUGGUCUAUAGAAUAUAUUGUAUAUCGUAAGAAAACUAGUUGAAUUAUAUAAAAUGUUAGCUAAACAAAAUCGAUAUUAAAUGUCUAUAUAAGAUUAAGUACAAAUAAUUUAAUAAUAUGUUUAUUCAGCGUUUUUAGGUAUGUAUAAGGUGUCAUAUGAGAAACAAAAUGUGUUUUUUUUUUACGACUAAGGUUAAAAGCAAAAGUAAUUGAGGCCAGUAGAUUUCGUCAUACAUUAAUUAGAACUUUUUGCAGAUUAUAUCAUAUUUUGCAUAAAUGAUGAAUUUGCAGUUAAUGUUCCUAAUAGUUGACAUUAUAUGUAAGUAACGUAUGGGACAGAUUAUUACUAACCUAGAAUUAUUAUAUUGAGAAUUUAUCUUGAGUAUAUUAGAAAAAAGAUAAGGAUUUCUUGAAAGAACUAAGCGACAUUUGUGAUUUACGUUUUGUAUAAUGCCUAAUUUAGUAAUGACAUUUAGCAAUAAAAUAGCCACUCAAAUAUUUAAUAUAAGGUAAAGAUAAAUAUGGAGUCCUAUUUGCUUGAAGUCAAAGUACUGCGAUAAAAUACAUCACCUAUAAAUGCUUACCUCGAUAAACUGCCAUAUAAUGUUUAAAAGAGUGUAUUAUUAUUAUAAUUUCUACUAUAAGAAACGAAAAUAAUUAGAUAUAAUAAGCAUAACAUAUUCAACAUAAAGAUUAUAAAAAUCGACAAACAUAUCUUGGUCAAUUAAUAUUUGACUGAUAAGAAUCAUUAAUAUUAAAUCUAGAUGCAUCGAUCGCAAGAAAUAUCAUCAAAAUGUUUAGUAAAUCAUAUUGAGGCUGAAUUUCAUCCAAUUACUCUGCAUCAUAACACUAGCUAUUCGCGUGCGGCUUCACUCGCAAGAAAAUAAAAAGAAUUCAUUUUAUCAUUUACAUUUGUCAAAUUAUCAAU